AUUAAAAAGAUUGACAAAAACAAUAGGAUCUUGUUGUCAUUAAGACUUCAGUCUGUCAGUGAAGUGGGAGAUAAGUCCAUGGAGGAAAAAGAUCCUAUUAGUCAUGACCAUGGUUGUGCAAGUUCAGGUGAUGUCAAGAAAGUCAUAGAUCUCUAUAAUCGGGGAGAAGAAGCCAUAGAGUACCUCAACCUAUAUCUUAAAAAAGCUAAACAAGUAGGAGACAAGCAUGGGGAGGGUAACGCUUAUGGCAGUCUUGGCAAUGCUUAUCACCGUCUGGGUGAUUUCAAAAAAGCCAUAGAGUACCACAACCUAGCUCUUAAAAUAGCUAAAGAAGUAGGAGACAAGCAUGGGGAGGGUGGUGCUUAUGGCAAUCUUGGCAAUGCUUAUGACAGUCUGGGUGAUUUCAAAAAAGCCAUAGAGUACCACAACCUAGAUCUUAAAAUAGCUAAAGAAGUAGGAGACAAGCAUGGGGAGGGUAGUGCUUAUGGCAAUCUUGGCAAUGCUUAUCACAGUCUGAGUGAUUUCAAAAAAGCCAUAGAGUACCACAACCUACAUCUUAAAAUAGCUAAAGAAGUAGGAGACAAGCAUGGGGAGGGUAACGCUUAUGGCAAUCUUGGCAAUGCUUAUCGCCGUCUGGGUGAUUUCAAAAAAGCCAUAGAGUACCACAACCUACAUCUUAAAAUAGCUAAAGAAGUAGGAGACAAGCAUGGGGAGGGUAAAGCUUAUGGCAAUCUUGGCAAUGCUUAUAAGAGUCUGGGUGAUUUCAAAAAAGCCAUAGAGUACCACAACCUAAAUCUUAAAAUAGCUAAAGAAGUAGGAGACAAGCAUGGGGAGGGUAACGCUUAUGGCAAUCUUGGCAAUGCUUAUCGCCGUCUGGGUGAUUUCAAAAAAGCCAUAGAGUACCACAACCUAGAUCUUAAAAUAGCUAAAGAAGUAGGAAACAAGCAUGGGGAGGGUGGUGCUUAUGGCAAUCUUGGCAAUGCUUAUGACAGUCUCGGUGAUUUCAAAAAAGCCAUAGAGUACCACAACCUACAUCUUAAAAUAGCUAAAGAAGUAGGAGACAAGCAUGGGGAGGGUAACGCUUAUGGCAAUCUUGGCAUUGCUAAUAAGAGUCUGGGUGAUUUCAAAAAAGCCAUAGAGUACCACAACCUACAUCUUAAAAUAGCUAAAGAAGUAGGAGACAAGCAUGGGGAGGGUAACGCUUAUGGCAAUCUUGGCAAUGCUUAUCACAGUCUGGGUGAUUUCAAAAAAGCCAUAGAGUACCACAACCUAGAUCUUAAAAUAGCUAAAGAAGUAGGAGACAAGCAUGGGGAGGGUGGUGCUUAUGGCAAUCUUGGCAAUGCUUAUUUUAGUCUGGGUGAUUUCAAAAAAGCCAUAGAGUACCACAACCUAAAUCUUAAAAUAGCUAAAGAAGUAGGAAACAAGCAUGGGGAGGGUGGUGCUUAUGGCAAUCUUGGCAUUGCUUAUGAGAGUCUGGGUGAUUUCAAAAAAGCCAUAGAGUACCACAACCUACAUCUUAAAAUAGCUAAAGAAGUAGGAGACAAGCAUGGGGAGGGUAACGCUUAUGGCAAUCUUGGCAAUGCUUAUUUUAGUCUGGGUGAUUUCAAAAAAGCCAUAGAGUACCACAACCUAGAUCUUAAAAUAGCUAAAGAAGUAGGAAACAAGCAUGGGGAGGGUGGUGCUUAUGGCAAUCUUGGCAUUGCUUAUAAGAGUCUGGGUGAUUUCAAAAAAGCCAUAGAGUACCACAACCUUGAUCUUAAAAUAGCUAAAGAAGUAGGAGACAAGCAUGGGGAGGGUAAAGCUUAUGGCAAUCUUGGCAAUGCUUAUUUUAGUCUGGGUGAUUUAAAAAAAGCCAUAGAGUACCACAACCUAGAUCUUAAAAUAGCUAAAGAAGUAGGAGACAAAUUCGUUGAGGCAGUGGCUUACUAUUCAUUAGGAUGCGUUUUUGAGUUGCAAGGUGGACUGCCAAAAGCCGUUGAACAUUACCAAGCUAGCAUAACCUUAUUCAAUUCCUUGAGAGUACUUUUAAAAUUUAAAGAUGAGUGGAAAGUUAAUUUUCGAAAUCAGCAUCAAAUGGCGUAUACGGGUUUGUGGAGAGUUCUCGUAGAACAAGGUAAUGUAGAUGAAGCCUUAUUUGUUGCUGAGAAAGGACGAGCUCAAGCUCUAACCGACCUCAUGGAAUCCAGUUUUCGUGGUGGAACAAGUCACCAUAAGGGAGAAGAUGAAGAUUGCGCAGGUUUAAAAAACGUUCCAUCAAACACUGUCUUUCAGGCAGUGGACCAAACUGACAUCAAUCUUUGGGUUGUGUCCGAAGGAAAACAAGUUCAGUUAAGACAAAGUAAAUUCAAUGGUUCUGUUUCAGUUUCCUUUGAGUCGUUCAUGCACGAUGCCUAUAGGCAACUUGGUGUUCGUUUUAAUGUGAGAUGCGAGAAUCGAUCUCUGGAUGCUUUGAGGGAGAACCGGUCAGAAGUGGAUGAGGAAAUUAAAGAAGAUAACCCUCAACUUCCCAUCCAACAAGAUGAAUGCUUAAGCACUUUGUAUGAUACCGUUAUGAAGCCGGUGGCUGACUUGCUUGAAGGGGAUGAGCUCCUCAUUAUUCCCGAUGGACCCCUUUGGCUCGCUCCUUACGCUGCAUUGAAGGAUGGUAAUUCCAAAUACCUGUGUGAAUCGUUCAUAAUUCGACUCGCUCCAUCUUUAACAAGUCUUAGACUCAUUGCCGAUUGCCCCGAUGAUUAUCACAAAAGCAGUGGUGCGUUACUUGUAGGAGAUCCGUGGGUAGCCGAGGUUACUGAUGGCAAGGGAAAGAAAGUCUUCGAGCAGCUUCAGUGUGCUAAAGAAGAAGUAGAAAUGAUCGGAAAAAUUCUGAAUAUUAAGCCAAUCACUGGCAGACAAGCCACGAAACGUGAGGUGUUGAAAAGACUCAGUUCCGUUUCCUUAGUUCACUUUGCGGCACACGGAUGUAUGGAAACUGGCGAAAUUGCUCUUACACCUGACCCAGACCGAAUAUUUACUGUGCCAACGGAGGAGGAUUACAUUUUAACAAUUGGAGAUGUGCUGAAUGCUCAACUUCGGGCCAAACUUGUUGUGCUUAGUUGCUGCCACAGCGGCCGGGGCGAGAUCAAGGCUGAAGGUGUGGUUGGCAUUGCGCGCGCUUUUAUGGGGGCUGGUGCUCGGUCUGUUGUGGUAUCCCUGUGGGCGAUUGAUGACGAGGCUACUCUUGAGUUCAUGAAAUACUUUUAUCAACAACUUGCAGGAGGUAAACCAGCAAGCGAGUCACUGAACCUGGCCAUGAAAAUCCUCAGAGAAUCAGACAAGUUCUGCGACAUCCAACACUGGGCGCCCUUUUUGCUGAUUGGAGAUGACGUCACUCUUGACUUCAUGGCAAAGGAAAGAGAAAAUUUGAAUAUGAAAUCACAUAAAUGAAAACUUUUUAUUUCAUCUCAAAAUGAACGACGAAGGAACUCGGAAGGUUUAAAUCCUUCUCUAUUUUGGCGCUUUUUGGCUAUUUUUCAUUACUUUUCACUUUUUUGUUAAAUGGAACUUGAGAUGUGUGACUUUACUUUGGUGAAGAAAUAAAACAGACUAUUUCAGUAUAUUUUGUUCAGUGGAAUUGCUAUUUUUUUACCUUUACAAAUUUAGAUGCUUGCGAAGAGAACAAGAUGCAACAAGGCUUCUGUUGUUAAUGCCUGAAGUUGUUGAAGGCGACUACGAGGUUUUCGUUUCGCCAAAAUGACACUCAGAUCUAUUCCUUUAUUGUAAUCAGUUGUGUGUAAAAUAAUUUAAAGGUUUUUUUCUUGUACACAACCAGGAGCUUGUCCACCGCGUUUUAAUUACGUUGAUACUCUUAGCUUUUGAUAAGCAAAGAAACAGUUUGUCAUUUGCAAAAGGUGGCGAAAUUUUAAUUUAAAAAAUGUGAUUUGCAAAAUUCGCAGCCAUAUGUGAAUUGAUCUUAAUGGUUUUUCUACGUCAUAAAUUACUUUGUUGCAAUUUGCAAUUAUCUUUGCAAAAAAAAUUGAUUAUCAUUUUCAACUUUUUUUCAAUUCAUUUUAAUGCAAUCUAAUUCCAUCAGUGCCAAGAUUGCCAUUCUAAGCUUAAUUUGAAGAAGUAAUCAUCAGAGAUGAUGUUGUUGAAUUUACUGACCAUAUGUUAGAGACAUUAGACCUACUCUCAGGGGUGUGGCCAGCCUCUAGUCCCGUGGGCCCGGCCUACAAUUGUUUUCCGCCCACUUGACUUUUCUAAUAUGACUCUUACAAAUGUUGAAACAAAAAUUGAAAUUUCCCAGGAAAAAGGCCUACAACAAGUCAAAGAGCUGACUACAACGGCCUGCUUUCAAUCAAACGAGUUUGAUGAAUUUUAGUCCGUUUUAUCAAACACUCAUCUGUUUGUUUUAAAAAACCACGACAGACAAAUUGUCCAUGUAAUCUAAACAAGGAAAUAGCGAAGCAGAGUUUACUUUAACUGAAGUUUCCAUAGCUGUGACUUUUAAUGUAUGUGACAUGGAAUUUGUUGUUUCUAGUAGGAAAAUGUUUACGCUAAUAAAUUAGGGAAACAGUUGAAGUAAGCCAUGUAGUCCUCAAUGGGAAUUAUUCUAGUGAAAAUGUUUAUGAAUAAAUGUAAAUGUAGUCCGCAGUAAAAAGGUUGACGGCUUCAGGAUAAAACUUGCAUUUUUUUGAAAAUUUCCAGUUCAAAUUUUUUUCAUGGCUUUAAAUUUACCUUAGUAUAAUUUGAAGAUGUCGGAUGAUAUCUUUCUUAGAUUUAAGAAUUUAUACUUAGGUAUUCCGAGCACGCUUUGUGAUUAGAACCCGUUAUGUGGUCAAAAGUUUAAGGUAUAAUGUAUCACGGCUGUUUUAAAAGAAAUUUUUGUAAAAUCAAUCUUAAUUUUUGGCAGGUUUUCAUAACUACCAUUGGUAUAUGCUGGUAUAAAAUGUAAUAGUUAACCUCGCACACGGUUGAAUAUGAUGUAACGUAGGAUUUUAACAACAAGCUGGGACAGUUUUAACUAAAUAUGCUUUUUAUAAUGUCAGUGUAUUUUGUGUGAAUUGUUUUGAUGCUAUUUGUAUUUAAAGUUGAAGCUAUUUGUCCAUUUACCUUAGUUUUUAUUCAUUAACUCAUUAACUUCCAAGUUCUGAAGAAAAAUUCUCCCAACUGAUAAGAAAGUGUUUCUUUGUUGCUUCAUUCUGAGAACUCGAUGAAACAUAACGUUUCUAGUGAAAAAUAAUCCUCCAGUUUAGAUUUUCUCUAAUUCUUAUUGACACCAUGUUUGUCGGUGCAUUAAUUUUGUGAGGAGAAUUUAAAUUAUGAUCAGUCUUGGGAAUAAAUGGGUUCAUUUUAGUGUCUUUGUUUAGCGCGUACUUUACUUAAUGCCGUGAACAAUUUAUUGCAGUUUGUAUUGUACUUUUUUUUGUGUAAGAGAAAUAGAGAGUGUAUAAAAUACAAAAACUGCGUUGAUUUUCAUUUUCUGUCUCCAUAUUCUAAGGAUUCGCGUGAGAUGUAGGGAGAACAGAUCCUACGGGGACUUCAAUGCUUAUUUUGACCCGCGCGCGCCAAGUUGAUAAUCUUUGCAGCUGACAGUGUACUAACAUUCCACGUUUCAAGCCCCCACCCACUUAACAAACGCUCGUCGACUCUUCGAUUGCGUCUCUUUCACUGUCUACCGUUCUCCAUAUUGUCACACGAUUUUGAAUGCCGACGCACGUGUUCAUACUGUUACCUGUGUGCGCCCUUUUUACCUUUUUACACCUUUUCACAUUUGUGCAUCUCUUUUUUCUCCUUCCUUUUGUUUCUUCCCUUUUUUUCAUCGUACUUUUCCUUUAUUCCCAUUUUUACGCGCACUUCUUUCAUCGCCCUCAACUUUAUUCUUCUACGCGCUUCAUUAGACGCGACUAUCUCCUUGUCUGUUUCAGUUUUCAUUCAUCUCAAUCCUCGCGCAACGUCAGGUCUGUUACAACUCAUAUACCUCCUUACUCCCCCAGAGUAGUUGUUAUUAUGCUUAUUUUGUUCACUUUAGGAUAGUGUCCUCUUAGCAUCAUUUCUGGUAAAAUCUCAAUUUUCCUUUCGACUCAUUCCCAGUCCACAGGGUCUCUCAAUUUUAAGUCUCACUUGCCAGUGUUUGCUCUCCUCAGUCCUCUCAUCACAGUAGCAGCUAGAAAACGAAAGAGUUCCCUCCAAGACUCUACGACAUAAUCGAUGCAUUUUGUUGGAAACGAGUCCUUCAAUGUCCAAAUUAAGGCUUCUUCUAUCAUCUGAUUGGGAAUGGAUCAAACUCUCGCCCAGGGUCCACCUACAUCGCGAAUCCAAGAUGGCAGCAGGCCAAUCCACAGACUUCUCCGAGUCGAUAGCCGCCAUCUUGGAUGUAGACGCAGAGAGGACCUUGAAAAAGAGUUUUGAAUAAACAAAAAUUAAGAAAGGUUAAGUUAUUGUAAUGCUUCCUAAGAGGUAGUCGAUAACAGCCCGAGAGAUUCAUUAUGAGCAAACACGUUUCGUCGGUUAUUAGACUCCAUGUCUCCUUACGUUGUAGAAUAAACUCCUCGAAUACGGACGUCUUUAUGCCCCUCUCCCCCUCCCUUAAAUAGCAAUAUACAUCCCUCUACUGCAACUUUUAUCAUAAUACAGCACAAUACAACAUUAUACCCCUGAGUAGCACUGUAAAUCCGUCAAAUGCAGUAACUGUGCAGCGCAUCACAACAAUAUGAACCCCUAAAUAGAACUAUGCUUCCCUCUACUGAAUUUUAUAUCACCAUACAGCGCUCUAUAAACUAUUGCUCCAAUUUGGCGCGAAAAUAAUUGAGGAUAUUUGUCCGCGGACAUUAUCUAUUCCAAGAUGCCAAAACUGUGAGCUUCGAGGGACAGACAAUGUCCAAGGACAAGUAUCCGAACAUAUUUUCGUGCAAAAUAGAGGCUAUUGUGAUUUUUAUCCUUCAACUAUUUUGCAACGCUCGUGAAAAAAUCUUUAUGAACAGCUCACUGAAUUGAAUUAAAGUUUAAACGAAGACUUAUCGAGGUGGACGUAAGGUUUACAAAUUGGGGAAUAUCGCUUGCGUGAUAUUCUCGGAUAUCACCCAGUAUUAGCUGUGGGAUAUUUAGUCACUUGCUGCGUUUACACCAAUUGCUCGCGGGCAAAAAUAUUUGAUGGAUCAUAAAAAGCAACAUGCACCCCUAGAUAGCACUUUACUUCCCUCUUCCGCAAUUUACAUCACAAUACAGCGCUAUAAAACAACAUAUAUCCUAUACUUCUCUCUUCUGCAAUUUACAUCACUAUACAGCGCUAUACAUCAAUAUGUACCCCUAGAUACCACUGUACUUCCCUCUUCUGCGCCCUACAUCACUAUACAGUGCUAUACAACAUUAUCUACCCCUAGAUAGCAUUAUACUUCUCGGUACUGCAGUUUACAUCACAAUACAGCUCUAUACAACAAUAUGUACCCCUAAGUAACCUUGAUCGGCAUAACAGAAUACAUACAUCGAAAUUUUCCAGCCUCUCGGGCCAUGCUUUGUGUCUUUUUCCAAGGUUCAUUAAAUACUCGAUGAAAACCUUUGCGUCGUUUAAAGAAAACACAGCAUUUUCCAGCGCAGUCAUGACUCAUCUGACGUGAAGACACAGAGAUGGCGAGUUGAUUAAGGCUUUAAGUUUCAAACUCUUAAAGGCGGGAAAUAUUUCUGAAACAAAAUCAUUCACGAUCAUCACUAUUAAUUCUGAAUAAUGGAACUUCGAUUCACGUUUACUUAAGAUAAUACAUUUUACUCCCAUUUUGCCAAUCAUACAAAGAAAUCAAUACACUGAGCAAUACCUUCAACAAGACGCAGCUACACAGUUGUAAAUCUCCAUCCUCAUCCUCAGUAGAACUAUGCCAUCACAAAGGUGUAAUAAUCGCGAAAGAAUAACCGCACUUAAGACCUCCCUAUAUACCAAGGAAUUCGUGCCACUGGAUUCGACAUGUGCCAGUAACCUACCUUCACAUUUAACGUGACGUUCAGCUAAGAUCAGCGAACUGUUUCUUUUUUUCUUCAUUUUAAACGAUUCCAAUCCUAAUAGUGGUAUCAUAUUUGCAUAAGAAUGCUAAUGUCAACUUGAAACUCUGCAUUAAUUUUUUUUGAUGAAAUGAAACACAAAAAACCAGAGAUACCACGUACUUAAAACACUAACCGUUUAAACAUUUUCUUCCACAUGACGCUCUUAACGGGCUCAACGAGCUGCCAAUUCUCUUAAAAUCCGUUUUCGUUCGUGUGAUAGCUUGACUUCUAUUUCGAUUUGACAGUUCAGUUCGACAGUUUGACUGUUAAACCUUAAAUGAAGAUUUGUAGAAUAGAUUUAUGAAUUUGCUUAACGGCGAAUGAAUGCAUUGAAAUCAAAAUUGAUUUUCUCAGCUCAGCUCACUGAACUACAAGUCUGCUGCCAGAUGAUUAACGUGGACGCUAUUUUAGUCCCUUAAAUUUCUCAUUUCUCAAUGCGUCAGCAACUGAAAUUAUAUUCAUGAAACAGGGACGCAUUUUGUGACACAAAUCUUGGCAAUGACUGGUGUAAGCCGCAAAGGUACAACGGACGAUUACUGGUCAUUCUGAUUUUUCGGUUAUUGCUAACGUAUUACUUGUGGUCAUAAGCAUCAUCCUAAGCAGACCCUUGCAAAAGUUUCACCAAAACUGCAGAGACCUGAAGAUUUUCGCUUAAACAAACAACAUUGGAGUAAUAUCAAGAUAAGAAAAAAAAAAUUUUGAUUUUAAUGAAGCCUUUUGAAUUUUCUGAAACACACUUGUAAGUGCAAUGACAGCUGAAUGUUCCUAAUAAAGACGAAAUAACCUUGGCUUUGCUCUCUAAAAUAAUGACUAAAUAUUUAGAAAGCAAUUAUUGUAUGAUUUGAGUGAUCAGUUCUGUAAUGUUUACCCUGAAACGGCAUUUAAAAAAUUGAAAACCAUUUCUAGCUUCCGCACAGAACUUAUGUUGUGCUUCUUGUGUUGUUUCGCUGCUCGUCUGUUUUCGUCCUUUAAAAUGAUAAGUUUGUUUGAGACAUAAAUGUUUUUUUUCUUGAUUUUUAUUUUAGGCCUCUUUUAAGAUAAAGGCGUGAUCCGAAAGAUGAUCACUUAGGUAGAACUUGCAAUUGUGAUCACAGUCUGGAAAAUUUGCGGGCAUGAUCACGGUAAGUCUCCUUCGCAGCCGUGCUGAGACUCGUCACGCAACGUGAAAGUAAGCAGCCGUUCGUCGGGAGGAGCGUUGCGUGACGAGUGCAAGAGACUAGAUAACGCUAUUAUCUCUGCGAGUCGUGACCUUUGUUUUCCCAAAGCGAUUGCCACGUACGAAAAUUUGAAUGGUUUCAAUCUAAUCUAAAAAUUUCUUUGCUAAUGGAGAUCUAGUCUACAUUUCCAUCAGUCUGUUCUAAACGGCGCAAGAUUAGCUUUCAAACGCAGUGAAAUAAUUGUCGCUUGGCUACAACGCCAAAAUCAACGCGCCGCUGGUUGUAUUUUAGUGAAUAUUUGAAAAUAAUAGUGGCUAUGUUAGUACGUGACAAUCUGUUGCUACAUUAAGCGAGAAACAAUAAAGUCCCAUAAAGAAACGUGUGAAAAAUAAAAGUAAAUAAGAGUUGAAAAGAGUUUCGUAAAAUAAAUACUUGCGUAAGAAGUUUUUUUUUUACGAAGAGUGCGUGAUUCGACAUCGAGACAGCGUGAGAACUCGUAAGAAUAGUGGUGCUUCGUGACAAAAGUCACGCAUCGAGCGUGAGACUCACGCUAAAAUUGUUAUUUUUCAUGCAUUUAAGGUUUCUGAUUUGAGCUGUUGAUUUUGAGGUAGAAACUGCUUUUUAGUGAAGUGCAUAGAAAAUUAUCUUUCUAGAUGAAAUUUGGUACGCACAUAUUUUGAGUUAGAGCUUCCAGAAACUUCUUGGAUGUAAUUUGAAGUUAACUUGGGGCGGAAAAUGAUAUGGAUAUCACGCAGUCACUGAAUUGUGGACGUUGAAACAGCUGAGAAAGAAAUUGCUCAGGAUGAUGAUGAAAACUACUUAUAAGGUGAGGUUUACUUUAAGCUUCAGUUACUUUACUGCAAGAACAUGCACCGUGUAUUCCCGCAAUAUAGAUCGUAGCUGAGGCAAAACAGCAUGUAUGACCACCCCGUGGGGUGUGCUUCCUAGUUAUAGGCUGAUGGGGAUGUGCCGCUGGAUAGAGUGGCAUUUUCACGACCAAAUUGACUAUGGACUGUAGCAUUCUAAACAGAGUUAAUUACAAUAAUGGGGUCGCACAUUUUUGAAAUUUUGGGGGUAAGAAAAUUCUAAGAGUGUAGGGAAAUGAAAUGACGGAAAGUUCGCAGUAAGAAGGUCGUUACCAGCGCGUAUUACCAAAAGUGACUAAGAUGGGAUCGAUAAUUAGCCACACAAUAGACUAUAAUGGGGUUGGGGUUCUGAAAGGCCAGCGGCACAUACCCCACAAAAGUUGACUCAAGCAACCCUUCAAUUUAUCUUAAAUAUCUUCAUCUACAGAUGGUUGUGACGUUACCAUCAUGACAGCUUGCCCUGAAAUAGCCACAGAUAUGGAAGUCAGCCAAAAUAAUACUAAUCUGGCCAAGACAACGAAAUCUUUGUUAUCCAGUGGUCUUCAGUUUGUUGUUGCUAUGGUAACUGGUUAGUGCAAUUCCGAACAUGAUUCGUGAUGUUGCUUGUUUCAGGGCCCAAUCCACCGCAUAUCAAUGCAAAAAAAAUGCCGCUGUCCCUUUUUCAGAACAGCUAACAAUAGUGUGGCUGGCUUCGCUGUGUAUUUUCACCGCUGGCUAAGUUGCUGCUUUUCGGAAUGUUCCACAGUUCCCCGGUUACAAGGCAAUUCUAUAUCAGCUCAUGUUUGUUCCUUCAUUCUCGACUCUGGUUCUUCUUUUCACCCUCGCCUUGUGUUGAUACAUCAACCUAUUCAUUUCUAUCAAGUCUUCUUCAUUUUGGGUCAUAAUUUUUUUUCUCGAUAGUAAGUUAUAUUCUUAAAAGUUUAGCUGUAGGAUUUCUAAAUUACAUCUAUGGGCGGCCGUCACCGCAAAAAAUACAAAAAUAUAAUUGGUAGGUAAUCAGUAACAGAUAUGGUCUAAUUGUCUUUUUGAGAACACUUGAUCAUAUCUUAAGAGAUUUAUUUAAAAUACAAAUGGACAAGUCGCCUUUGGUGAAAUGAAAUAUUCAAACAAAAAAUGUUCAUACAAUUCAGGAGCUGUGUAGCCAACCUUGUUGAACUGAUUCAAGAAAAACACGAGUGGCCAAGUGUUAACUGAAAUGGUUCAGUGUCGAAAUGAGAAACGGUUCAGCUUACUGUACUUUGGUUUGAUGACUUGACACAAACGGUUCAGAGUAGUGUGAAAUGGCUUAAGUUAUCGGCAAAUGGUUAAUCGUAAGCCGCAAUGGUUUAGUAUCGGAUCAAUCUAAUCACCGUAAAGUGAAAUGGUUUAGUGUCCCCAAAUGGUUUAGCGUGACCCCAAAUGGUUUAGCGUGUGGUUAAGCGUGACGACAAAUGUUUUUUGGUUUGUUUACAGCAGUUGGUUUACGCCGUAACCGCCAAAAAUACAAAAGGUUCAAGCUUGAAAUUGAAUAGGAUAAGAAUCUAAAAUGCGCCUCAAAACUAUAAAAACUAUAUAGUUUUUUAGGCGCCCUUUAGUUGGUCGUCUUAAAACAAUGAAUCGCUUUAUCACGUUUCCUGGCUAUAGUUCUUACUGUCUAGACGGUAAAUGUGCUGUCGUGUAAAAUGAUGCAUUUUAUCUGUAUUUUUGUUAUUCCUUUUGUUUCAGAUUCUUAUUUUAUAUUGAGGUAGAAAAAUGGGGAAUCGUAAAGUGAAAUGGUUUAGCGUGACCUCAAAUGGUUAAGCGUGACGACAAAUGGUUUAGUACAAACCGAAAUGGUUUAGUGUUACAACAGUUGGUUUACGCCGUAACCGCCAAAAAUACAAAAGGGAAAUAGACAAGUCAAGCUUGAAAUGAAAGAGUCUAUGUUGGGUCUGACGUCACAACCUACGUCAUUCAGAUCGAAUUUGGCGCGAAAUUCGCCAGAACGAGGUAUUCGCCACGCCGUCCACUCGACGUUUAACACAGGAACAAAUUAUUUCUGUAGCCUCGUCUACGAGACUCAGAGAGCCUCACUCCGGUAAUAACCUUUUUCACAUUUGUCUAUUUUAGCUUUUUAGCGAAUAAAUUUAUGCCCUCAUCAUCUUGCCGCAAUAUCAGUAAGUAAAUGGUAUUUCGGAUGAAACUGUUUUUAUCGAGCUGCUGAACGUUCAGUAGCUUAAUAAUCAGUUACUGAAAAUGAAAGUGAGUUUAAACUUAUAUUUCACAAUGAUAUAUUUUCCUAUCGUUUCAAAGCAUAUAUUUGUUUUAUGUCCAAUUUUUAUAGUUUGUUAAAACUAAGUUAAGCCGCAACUAUUAGAGACUUAAUCUUGAGGUUGUAAAAUUUCUGAUAGUUGCGGCUUAACCAUGUUGGGAGUUUAAAUCGCUAUUAGCUAGUUCUAAAUUGUCCUUUUGUUCUUUUCAGUUUCUGUAAGUGAAAACUGCUGUACUUUAAAUGGAGAAUUCUUACCUUGGUCAUGGUAAGAAUUCCCCAUUUUUUUACCUCGAUAUAAAAUAAGAAUCUGAAACAAGAGGAAUAACAAAAAUACAGAUAAAAUGCAUCAUUUUACACGACAGCACAUUUACCGUCUAGACAGUAAGAACUAUAGCCAGGAAACGUGAUAAAGCGAUUCAUUGUUUUAAGACGACGAAACUACAACUAAAGGGCGCCUAAAAACUAUAUAGUUUUUAUAGUUUUGAGGCGCAUUUUAGAUUCUUAUCCUAUUCAAUUUCAAGCUUGACUUUUCCAUUUCCCUUUUGUAUUUUUGGCGGUUACGGCGUAAACCAACUGCUGUAACACAAAACCAUUUCGGUUUGUACGAAACCAUUUGUCGUCACGCUUAACCAUUUGGGGUCACGCUAAACCAUUUGGGGUCACGCUAAACCAUUUGGGGUCACGCUAAACCAUUUCACUUUACGGUGAUUAGAUUGAUGCGAUACUAAACCAUUGCGGCUUACGAUUAACCAUUUGCCGAUAACCUAAGCCAUUUCACACUUCCCUGAACCGUUUGUGUCAAGUUACUGAACCAAAGUACAGUUAGCUGAACCGUUUGUCAUUUCGACACUGAACCAUUUCAGUUAACACUUGGCCACUCAUGUUUUUAUUGAAUCAGUUCAACUUAGGGUGGCUACACAGCUCCUGAAUUGUAUAAACCAUAUUUUGUUUGAAUAUUUCAUUUCACCAAAGGCGACUUGUCCAUUUGUAUUUUAAAUAAUUCUCUAACGAUAAGAUAAAUCGUUCUCCAAAAGACAAUUAGACUCUAUCUGUUAUUACAAACCAAUUCUAUUUUUGUAUUUUUGGCGGUGACAGCCGCCCAUAUGUGGGCUCUUCUUUCAAUUUACGUUGAAGAAUUUCCGGCUUCAAGCUUGCACAGAUUUAUGGGCCAAGAAUCUCCCUGUUUCAUUUUCACAACGCGCCGUUGCGAUUCUCCGUUCCAUGACAUAGCUUUCGAGUCUUCUUAGUACUUUUUCUGUCUUAGUGACUUUGAAACAUUUUCAUGACGGACUGAGGAAGCAAGGUCGUAAAAUAGUCAAACGUGCUUUCCAUUUCCGCGACAGAGGUAAGAACGCAUGGUUGUAUCAGAUUUUUGAGUAUAAAGUAAAUACUUUUAUUUCAAAUUUUUUUAGUUGAGAUUUCCUCCUUCAAAUGUUCCUCAUCUGUCCGAACUUUCUCUGAUUUCCGACAAUGAAAGACGUUCCUGCAGUUAAGUGACAACGAUUGCCAACUUUUACUUUAUUCUGGCGUGUAUUAACUGUAUUGCCGCUUCGUGUUAGUUAUAAGCUUAUUAAGCUGAGCUUAUUUUAACAAGUUACAGCUUUCGAAUUCACAAAAAUUUGCAAGCAAUGCCUGCCAUUUACCUUGGACAAAAUAAGUCAUUCGGGAGAGUUACAAAGGAUAUCCAAAUUAUCGAUUUGAUUCAGUGCAAGCCCUUUUGAUCGCAACACUUUCAGUUUCGUUUGCGUGUCAUGCGGAGCAUGUACACAAUCGUGUUUGGCACAAGCUUUCAUGUCGGGCUUAUGUACGAAUUAACUUAAUUUGCUCCCGUAUUUACGAUGCAUUUGAUCAAAAAGCGAUAAACGUUUUCAGCGUAUUUCAUGUGUUUAUGUUUAUCAUUUUAUACUGUAGUUUGAAAGUGAUUUUUUCUUUUCGAUAGACAGCUUAGAUUGUCCUUCCAAACUGUACUGUAAAACUGAUUUCCUUGUUAAAUAUUGAGACAAGUUGAUUUUUUUUUCAAAUUCAGCUAGUUAUUUACUGCAAGAGUCCUUUCAAUUAACUACAUUCGAGUUUUAGGAGUCCAAUUCAUCAACUGGUAAUGAUUGAUUAGUGUCUGAGUGAAGUUUUACCUUUUGUCAUCUGCUAAUCAACAUACGAUCAAUCAAUAAUCACACCAACUGAAUGUUUCCGAUCAAUUUUUUUUUUAUCAAAACUGGUUUAGUUCUGCAUGAGGCUGCAUGCAUCCAAGUAUGUGUUUGGUGAUAAUUUAUGUUGUUAUAUGGCAAGGUAGUCUUGGGAUAAAUGUAAAGUUCUGAUUGGUUCUUACUUGGUUAGGAUUUUGCCACAUAAAUCAUCAUUGCACUAUACAGAAAAUCAUAAAACAUGUAAAUUCAUUGUAAACUAAUUUAGUCCAAGUGACAUUGGUGCAUUACAAUUACCUUGCUCUCUUGAGGGGUACUAGGGAAUAUUGGCACCAUGUCAUUCCUAUACUGUUACAACCUUGGGCCAAUAUACCUCUGUAAAGCCCUGGCAAUCAGCUGGUUAUAUAGAAGUUGUAGUGGUUUUUGUAAAAGCGAUAUACACUUACAGGCUAUUUUGAAUUCCAGUUCAAUUGACUUCCUUUUUACUUCACAUUUAUUGAAUUUUUUUGUACAUGAAGACAGCCAGCAAGGAUUAUUUGAUAUUUAAAAAACAACCAGUCAUGAUUAUUAGGAGAAUUAAAGUUAGCAUCAAAGACAAAUCAAUUGUGUGCACAGACAAUGUAAAUAUGGAAUAACUGCAAAAACAAUUAGUUAAAUAUACAUAUACUAAUAAAGCAAAAAUGUCAGCACCUGCACCAAAUUGAAAUCCAUUUCAACAUACAUCAGCAUGCAUAAAUGUAAAUAUUUCACUGUUUUUCCUGUGAUAAAGUGAAACAGUUGAACUAACAAUCACCUAUACAAAUAUGGGCAUCAGCUCAACUGUAGGAAAUUGAAUAAAUGAAAUAUAUCUUUUAUAAGUUUUGACCAGUAAUCCCUAUUUAAAAAUCAAAUAAGAAAAUUUUACUUUGGUGUUGUAAAAUUUGUUUCUUAUGAGAAACGAUUCAGCAUAAACUCUCUCCUCUUGCGGAGACAUGGUGGUCCUAUGAUUAGUGAGGUGGACGCACAGUCAAGAGGCCUGCAUUUGUAGCCUGGCCUGUGCUGGACUCAGGGUCAAGAGGUCUGGGUUCCAGUCAAUGUGUUGUGUUCUCGUGCAAAACACUUUACUCUUACAGUGUCUGUCUCCACCCAGGAGUAUAAAUGGUGGAAUGGACUUCCAUCCUAUCCAGGGCUGGGUAGUAAUACUCCCAGUUGCUUCAUGUGAGGAAACCAGGAUUAAGUAAAGCUCAUGCCCUGGACAGGCCACUUUUCAAAUCCAGAUGGGACCUAACUACCUACCACCUCCUAGUUUAAAUGAUUUAAAUUGCUACUGUUAUGAAUUAUAUAAACUUGAAACACACAGAUGUUGAUUUUUGCCCAAUUUAUUUUAGUCAAUUGCAUAGGAAUGUCUUUGGUAAAUCUUGAAAUUUAUUGUAAUGAGAAGUGAAUUACUAUUUAUUUAAAUAUUAAUGCUUGUUUUCUUCAGUAUAUAUAUCUUUUGUUCUUUUACUGCUUUAAAUAUGUUAUUAAUAUUAAUUGCUUGUGAUUUUGUGUCUAUGUAUCCCUCCCAUUCUCAGAAGGGAAAAAAUAUUUAGUUUAGAAUUGGGUAAUAUGUUGAGCUAAUUUUUUACCAUUUGCAACCAUCUUUUUUUCAGGCCAGGAUGACUUAAAACAGCAACUUUUUGAAAGAAGCAUCCCCUUACAGUUGCUAUGGCUAAAGAAAGAAGUCCAAUUAAGGUUCCAUCUGAAAAUGAAGACUUACCUGACAAAGAAAAUGCUCCAGAUUUUGAUGAGGACACUUUACGAGGUGAGCUAGGUUCAACUUUGGCUUGAGUCACGUUAAAACAUUUUCUAUUCCGCCAGUUUCACUAAUGUAAGCAGAUGUGGAGAAUGAUAUUAAUACACUGCAUGACCACUUUAAAGGAUAUUUGGCCAGUCAUGACUCUCUUCUAUGAUUACAAUAUGUUGUUCAUUGACUGAGAGGAUCUAUGACAUAUUUGUUAUUUUCUUUUCUCAAAGUUCAAAGCAAAUUACACAAAGUUAUAAUAAGUAAAUGCUUUAUUUGAUCAUCAUAGAACAUCCAUUUUGUAAGUUUGCAUCAUAAGUACCAUCAUCAUCAUCAUCUUUCCAUUAUAUUAUGCAACAAUCCAUUGAAAGUUUCAACUUCCCCCCAAGCAACCAAUUUCCAGUAGAGUGCAAGUGUUAUAUCAUUGAAUAUGGAGGUGUUUAACCCUUGACACCCUAACAUCAGUAUCCAUAUUCUCCACACUAGUCUUUCUAUGUUUCUUGUGGUACUGAAAAAGAGAAGUCAUUUGAAGAUCAAUGCUUCUUAGGUUGGUGAUCAUUUCAGGGAAGGGGGACUGCACACAUCCUCCAAGCUUUUCAGGGGAUGGGUCAAGUCAGGCAGGUGCAAAAGUGGCAGCUGGCACUAAAGGAAAAAUCUUCAGAUUUUAAAUCUCCAGAUCUUGGCAGCUCUGCUUAUGCACUAAUUAACUACAACCACGGACUUUGACACAAAUUAUUUUUUAUUUUUUCUUUGCAGCCACAGCUGAUGUUUAUAGGAAUGAGGGUAAUGAGGCCUUCAAGAAAGGAGAUUUCAUCAAUGCUAUUCAUUUUUACACCAAAGGAAUUAAAAUGAACUGCAAUGACAAAGAACUGAAGGCCAAACUGCACAACAACAGGGCUAUUGCACAUUUUAAACUUGGUAAGAUGAUGAGAGCUUUAACAUGCAUUUUUUUUCUAUUUUGAAGCUAUUGAGUUGUCAGUAGUAGUUUUCUGAAAAAGGUGAUAAUUUUGAAAGCAUGCCCGGAAAAAUUUACAUCUUAUCUUGGCCUCUCAAAUAUACAAAGAACUGAAGUAUCCUCUUACCCCAGAUAUCAACGAGCAUCACAAGUUUUUCCCAAAAUUAUAGUAAUGGUAGUUGGUUUGCAACAUGUAUGGCUAAUCAGAGAUAUUUAUUUCAAUAACAGGAAAUCACCAGGAUUCAUUAAGGGAUGCAGAAGCAGCCAUUGGGUUAAAUCCAACUUUCAUUAAGGCAAUUGUGAGAGGUUAGAUAUGUUAGCUGUACUAUAAUAAUAAUAAUAAUAAUAAUAAUAACAAUAAUAAUAAUAAUAACAAUAAUAAUAAAAAAAGAACUCAACACUCUAAGGUUAAAUGGAGUUCAAUCUUGUCUCAAUUGACUUUAAUUAAGAGGUCGAGACCACCCUGAUGUACAUUUGAAUCCAGUUCUUGACUGCUACGCCAUUACUUUGCAUUAAUCAUGAUGAGAAUAUUAUUUUGAGCUGGAUGAAGAACUCAAUGCGGAAUGCAAAGCAAAAUUUCAGCAUGAAUAUUUUAGUUCCUUAAGUUCAAUGAGUCACAGGUGUCAGAUAUGUUAAGAGCAUGUCCACGAGAGCACCGGGCAGUCGUGCUACAUGCCAUCUCACCGAUGUCAAAGAAACUUUGCCAGUUUAAAGGGUCUACCCCAAAACUCAAAAAGACAAACUGGUUUCUGUUUUGGUUUUUUUCUGGGGGGAGAUAGACCACUCCCCCGGUUUUUCUUAGUUUUCACUAAGGAAAUCGCUUCAAAUAGGUAAAAUGUAUGAAGCUCUCACUGCGAUGGUAUUGAACCAAUUACUUUGAGGAUUUGCACACAUAUUUUUACAUCCUUAGUUAAUGUCUGCUGCAAGUAUCAGUCAGUUUGAUGGACGGCUUGUCAAUCAACAGAGGCAAAUAUACGACUGUGUUUUUAGACUUUUCGAUUCAUCCAAAUAUUUGACAACUUUGAGGUCAAAUAUCUCCCGUUGCCAGAAAGCUACAACACUAAUCUUAAUUACCCUUUAUAACCCAUUAUUUCAUCUCUGAAAAUCAUCAAAAAAAUUUGGGCACUACCGUAUUUUUGUCUUGGAUGCCUUUUAAAAUCUGCGACUGUGACAAGUAUCUCCCAACUACACCUGUCACGCAAUUCUUGCUCUAGGCGGUCACUUGACAAAAUAAACCUACAUUUUUUUGCUCUUUAUACAAGAUGAUUGAUCAAGAAAGGUGAAGAAUGUGAAAAACUUUCGAGAAAAACUUUCGAGAUACAUGUAAAAAUCAAUGGGAAAAUCGUAGCGUUUCUUUCUUCAGUCGUUUAUUACUUUGAAGAUUUGCUAAAAACAUCAGAUAUGGCUUUUGUACGGCGCAAAACAUUCAUUAGUCUAUAAUUUGAUGGUUUAUCAUCAUCAUUGCUCAUUUUAGGAGAUUUUAAAGUCACAUGCUGCGUGUUGGCUGAUAUUACUACAUGUUCCAGUGUGCUACAACUUCGGCUUUUAAAGACGAGAAAUUCUGCGCUCUCGCUCGUGAGCAAAUAUCAGUAGUUCUUUCGGACUAAAAACUGUGCUUCUAUCCCGAAAAUAAAAUUCAAAUAGUGUUGUCGUUGUCACUUACCGCCAUCGAACAUUUCCAUGCAGAACUCCGCUAAGCUAACAUCUGUUGUGUGACCCGAAGACUCUCCGUAGGAAUUAUUCAAGCGGGUUGUUCGUGCUAUCUGCUAGAUAACAAUUUCAAAAUAAUCUGCAGCUCACUAUGAUUACUUACCUGCUUCAAUCGUAAAAUAUCUGCAUAUUUUUUUCAAGCAUUCUAUUACUACAUAUAAAUCUACAUCUCUCUAGAUCGAGUGUCGCCGGAGUUUAAUUGCGUGACUUGUAAAAUUUUCAAAUAGGAAUGAGCCAGCAGUAAUUUGACGAGUAGCCUUGCUGCAAAUUUCCCUUGAUGAAAUCCCAAGACAUAGUCAGUUGUUUUCGUAAGCAAAGACAAUAAAUAUGAAAAAAAAAGUGAGAUGCAAAAGUCUUUUUCUUUUUUUUAGCUUAAUAGCAGCUGUACCCUCUCCUGCAGUCUUCGUCUAAAUUUUGCAAGGUCCCUCCUUAUCUUCUGCCUUGUUCGGUCAGUUUCGAAUUCUGAAGGUAAAUCAUUGGCAGCGGCCUCUCCGUCCCCAUUCAUAUUUACAGAGGGGGACCUCAUCAAUGAGUCAAUUUUUGUUACGGCAGAUAACCGGCUAAAGUAUCGAGCAAUUUGCUGCUGUAUCAACCGGUCAGUCUUAGGCAACAUUUCUGGCUGGUGUCGUCCCUUAAACUCGAUAUUUGGGAAAUCACAUUAGAGGCUGUUGCCUUACUAGUUUCCUCCCUUGUCCAGCACACGUCUAGGAGAUAAUUCUCUGCUUUCUGAGAAAAGGUGGCUGUUUUUUGUGUUUUCCAAAGAGCCCAUCCAAAGUCCUCUUGGCUAGUUACAGAUUGUUCGUCAGAAUUUUUACCUGAGGUCCGACCUUGAACGUAGCCAUACCCUAUAGAAUGGCAAGCCGGUCUUAGUCCAUUUCCUCUUGAUCUUAUCCUAGGCGGAAUUUUUUUGUCGGCCUCACUGUGUUUGUCUUUGUCAGGGUACAUUUGGAUGGCAGCCAAUGACUGAAACGUCUUGAUACAUCCUUCUUUUAGCAAGAAUAUCUCGCUUUCUUGUUCCGUCUAUGACGGAUUAGGUAUAGUUCUCGCGAUGACCCGCGUUCAGAAAUCUGUGCACGUUGCUGAUAACCACCCGCUUCUAAGAUUAGUUUGCUGAAGGUUUCUAAUGUGACGAGCCUAGUGAGACCCUGAGGUGCUUCAAACUGUGCCAGUUGGUCUGUGCUAUAAACUUGUCGCAGUUCUUAAGUCAGAGGGAGGAUCGCCCACCUCUAUCUAUGUGAGCGCCUCUACAGUACCUGCGUAUCUCUAGCAAUCAUAUGAUAUAAAGUUCAUCUCAGUCACAAAUCACCAGGUAGGAAAACUGAUGUUCAGAUAAGCGCUCUUCUUGCCCUUCUUCCUUAUUCAUUACCGGCUCUAAGAUAGCGGCUACAGUACGCGUUCUAUUUAGGUUUACAGUCACCUUGCCGCCACCAGGAAGACUCGCCACCAGCUUUGAUUUCUUCUGCCAUCUGCAGAUUCAUCUCUCUCUCACUUUAUGUCUCCGAUUUUUAUGAGGAGGAUACUGGCAUUUACGAACCCGAAGGUCUAAAUCUCGCACCAAGUUGUGCACGAUAUACCCACGAAUUUAGAGGUGUGAGCUGUUUCCGUCCCUGGCCAGCGCGAGAAAAAUAACAUUUGGUUCUACAGUUAGUUGCAAAUGAACAAGACAACUGCACCAUCUUGACUUUAUCAAUUCGAGUGUUAGAUUAAAUUGAGGGCUUUUUAGACACUCGAUUUCUUAUAUGACAUCACUAUGAAGACGUAAUACAACUGAUACACCUACACUAGAUAGGAUUAAGAGAGGUUGUCAGUAAUUUUCGAGAAUCCGGCGACAGAAGCAAAAAUUCAACUUUUUUUUUUAUUUGCUCCAAAAGACCCUUUUAGUGAAUCGUUUUCAAAAAUAAUAUUCAAAAGUUCCAGCGAGUUUUAAUUUUGAAAAAAAAUACGAAAGUUUGAAAUCGGCCAAAACGUACCUAAUUUGCAUAAUUUCUAUUAGGCUUUCAGUGCAUUUUCACAACGCUCGCACAAGACAACGAAAAUGUAUCUUGGAUUCAUUUUUUCGUAAGUUGUUUUUCAUCCCUUGGAGUAGCUUUGUAACUAUAUUUCAUCUCCAACUGAACUUUCUUUCGUUUGUAACCACCCGCGUAAAGUACACUAUCUUUUCUAUUCCGUUUGUACGCUGAAUUUUGCUAUAUUUCAGACGACCAUAACAUCAAGGGUAUACAAAUGUGCAUAAAAUAAAAGAGCUCUUUUCAACGAGAAAUUCUUCGUGUUUAGCAUGUUAAAAUAUUAUUUUUGGCCCGUGAAAAGCAAGCGCUAGACUAAAAUAUAUAGCGUGCAUUUUCACGGAGUUAGGCCAUUUUUCUUGCUGUACUCCUACUGCAAAUCGCACACUAUUGGGACAAAACUCGACGUGUUUGGUCUCUACUUCAGUUUUGAUUCAUCUAAAUAUAUCAAUUUUAGCUUAAAAAAUAACCUACCUUUAUUGUUGAGUGAACAAACCACCGUUUUAGGUAAAAUUUUAGAGUUUUUUUCUCGAAUGCUAAAUAAACAAAUCGCUGUUUACAAAGAUACCAGCUCUGUCGACGUGUUUGUAGCUGAAAUUAGCCCGUCGCAUAUACUGUUCUUCAAUUUACAAUCUAUCCCACUGGCAUAACUUUGAAGUAAAUUACAUGUAACUAGAAAUGUUGUUGUAAUUACGUGAGCGUGAUUUAAAUAAAAUCAUCGCACACAUAAAAUAUUCGAAACAUGUAGUUGUCGCAUGAAAAUACUCGCUUAAUUGUGCGUGAACCUUGUGUGUACAUUCGGUGUUUUGCUCGGUUGCUUUUAUAGAAUUCUACCACUGUCACUGUAAUUAAAAUAGUAUGUUUGUGUAGUCCACCUCUUUAGAUACAUUUUCAAAUCAACUGUAGGUUGGAAUUCUGUUGGUAAAAAUUGUCGAAGAAAUCCGAGAAAAAUGGCAUGUAGCACCGGGCAGUCGUGCUACAUUCUAUCUCACCAAUUUCAACGAAACUUUGCCAGGUUAAGGAUCUACCCCAAAACUAAAAAAGACAAACUGGUUUCUGUCUUGGUUUUUUUCCGGGGGGAUAUAGACCACCCCUCCGGUUUUUCUUGAUCCUUAGUUAAUGUCCACUUCAAGUAUCAGUUAAUUUGAUUGACGUCUUGUCAAUCAACAGAGGCAAAUAAACGACUUAAGUUUUAGACUUUUCGAUUCAUCCAAAUAUUUGACAACUUUGAAAAGUGAGAUGCAAAGAUCUUUAUUAUUUUUUUUAGCUUAAUAGCAGCUGUACCCUCUCCUGCAGUCUUCGUCUAAAUUUACAAGGUCACUCCUCAUCUUCUGCCUUGUUAGAGGCGGUUGCCUUACUAGUUUCCUUCCCUGUCCAGCUCAUGUCAAGGAGAUAAUUCUUUGCUUUCUGAGAAAAGGUGGCUGGUUUUUGUGUUUUCCAAAGAGCCCAUGCAAAGUCCAUUUGGCUAGUUAGGGAUGUUUCGUUAGAAGUUUUCCUGAGGUCCGACCUUGAAUGUAGCCACCCCCUUUAAAAUGGCAAGCCGGUCUUCGUCCAUUUUCUCUUGAUCUUAUCAUAGGCGGAUUUUUUUGUCAGCUUUUUUUGUUUGCCUUUGUUAGGGUGCUUUUGGAUGGCAGCCAAUGACUGAAACGUCUUGAUAAAUCCUUCCUCUUAGCAAGAAUAUCUCGCUUUCUUGUUCUGUAUGUGACGGAUUGAAUAUAGUUCUCGCCAUGACCCGCGUUCAGGGAUCUGUGCACGUUGCUGAUAACCACCCACUUCUACGAUUAGUUGCUGAAGGUUUCUAAUGUGAUGAGCCUAGUGAGACCCUGAGGUGCUCCAAACUGUGCCAGUUGGUCUGCGCUAUAUAAACUUGUCGCAGUUCUUAAGUCAGUGGGAGGAUCGCCCACCUCUAUCUAUGUGAGCGCCUCUACAGUACCUGGGAAUCUCUAGCAAUCAUAUGAUAUAAAGUUCAUUUCAGUCGCAAAUCAUUAGUUAGGAAAACUGAUGUUCAGAUAAGCGCUCUUCUUGCCCUUCUUCCUUAUUCAUUGCUGACUCUAAGAUAGCAGUUAUAGUACGCGUUCUAUUAGGUUUACAGUCACCUUACCACCAGGAAGACUCGCCACCAGCUUUGAUUUCUUCUGCCAUCUUCAGAUUCACCUCUCUCUCAACUUUACGACUCCGAUUUUUAUGACGAGGAUACUGGCAUUUACAAACCCGAAGGUCUGAAUCUCAUACCAAGUUGUGCACGAUAUUUGAGGCGUAUCGUGAAAUCGCGGCCUUCGUAAUCUCCAAAUAAGCCAGUGCGCGCUAGAAUAAGCUUCUUCUCGGACGAAACUCAUAUUUAGGGUACAUUGACGUCUUUCAAAUGUUUUUUUUUUAUGCUGUACACCCACGAGUUUAGAGGUGUGAGCUGUUGCCGUCCUUGGCCAGCGCAAGAAUUGAGACCUUUUUGGACACUCGAUUUCUUAUAUGGCAUCACUAUGAAGACGUAAUACAACUGAUACACCUACAUUACAUAGGAUUAACAAUGUCUGUUGCGCUGUUGCGAGAGGGAGGAAAACAUUACCGGCAGUGUAAAUUCUUUAAGAGUUUCAGAGACUUUUCAGAGAUGUCUCUUUGGCUGUCACAAAAAAUUGACCCUCUCUUAAAUUUACUGGGAAAAAUGAACUUACAAACUCCUUACAAACAAUUUUGCUUUUUCCUCGGGCUGUUAUAAAACAGAUCAUAAAUUGACCAGUGAAUAAAUUAUUUUGAAGCAUCGUUCGGAAUUUGCCUUUUUUGCGUUCAAAUCAAGGGUAGACAAAGUUUAUAAAACAUUUGACAAGAAUUUCAUGGGGUUCACCUCGAUAAUUUUCAAGACACACCAAGCAAAGUGACAUCGCCCUCCAGUAAAAUAAUUUUCCAAAGAAUAAAUGUGGCGAGCGUGGGGAAACGCACGUUUUUUUUCAUUAUUGUGAUCAAAGCCCAAUGAUGUACCUAAAUUGGUACUUACGGAAUCAAACCAUUGAUUAUGACGGGGUGAGCUUAAUUUUUCUGUCGAGGUCGACGUGACUUCACAUUAGAAGCGUUUUUAAAACAAACUAUUGAGCAUCACUGCACGAACUGAGGAAGUAAAAACUUGUAUUUAUCUCCCACGCAUUUCGUCUAACAAUAGUAGACUUCAUCAAUGAGUUUUACAAGUAGGGUAAAUAAGCUUUCUCAUAUACAAAUAGUAAAUAAGUUGUCUCUUUAUUGAAGCCAGUGGAUAUAAUUCGCCAGGCGCGCUUACCGUGUUAUACAUGCGUGACAUUUUUCGGACGUUACAUGUACGAGUACGUAAUCUGUUUGAAGGUCACAGAUUUAGUGUAAAUAUUUGACCCCUCGACGUCACGUAAUGUGUCUAGUUUACAGAGGUCUUAAAAAGCUUCAUUACUUGGAUUUGCCUUCUGCGCGUAGAGGGCUACAAGCGAAUUUCUCGGGUGUAAUUGCUUUUGAUUUCUCAACUGAUGUUGUCGCAAACACAGCUUUUGGGAGUCACGAAACAAAAAACUUAUCAGGACCUAGUUUCAUGUACUAAUGGAAGUAAAUGGCAAAUAAAAACAUAUUCUCUUGAGAAAUAAAGUUAUAAAUAACAGGGGUUCUUUGAAACAAAUUGUGAUAGAAAAGGUUUCAGUUCUGGUCAAUAUUGACUUUUCAUAGCCUACUUCCGAAUCUGAGGGAACGCGCUGAGGGAAUAAAAAAAACAUACAUGUGUGAUAUUGCAAGGAGAAGAAUAAAAACACAAAUAAAGAAAAAGGAAAAAAAAUAGAAACUCGUGUUGCAGUGCGCAGAUAUCUUUUGAGCCAGACCUACACACUUAUGCCCGACACCACGCAAAGAAACUCGAAAGAGUGCUGUAUAUGAACUUGUUCGCACGUGCACGCAGGAAUGGCCAUGACAAUCAGCGAAAAUAAUAGCAAAUGCAGAUUAUAUUUGCAGUCAAAAAACAGGCAAAUAAGAUAAAGAAAAAUAAGAUAAAGGAAAUUAUAAUAAGAUAAAGAAAAAAAAAACAAUUUUUACUUCUCAUGAAAGGUCACGCAGUUAGGCUACAAAUACUAUUUCUACGUGGAAUUUCUUGAUGGUGGAAAGUGGAAAAACCAUUCUCCAGUCUUAUUUUCCGGAAACAUGGCGCAGUUAAUGAAUUUUAUGGGGCUAUUGAUAUUUCCUAUAAAAUAAGGGGGCAGAGUUUCCCGUCAUCCGCGUUCUGGAAAAGCCGAAAUUGUUACACUCGGGAACUUGUACGUCAACAAGCACGCGACAUGUGAAUUUUAAAUCUCCUCUCCUGUUACAGUUUCCUUAUUGUGAACUGUGCGAUAAUGAUAAUACACAAUCUAAUUGUAGACUAAUGAAUGUUUUGGUUUUGUACAAGUGCCCUAUAUCCUGAUUUUAGCAAAUCUUUAAAGUAAUAAACGACAGACGAAAGAAACGCUACGAUUUUCCCAUCGAUUUUUCAGCAAAAAACACGUCAACAGAGCUGGUAUCUUUGUAAACAGCGAUUUGUAUAUUUAGCAUUCGAGAAAAAUUAACUCUAAAAUUUUACCUAAAACGGUGGUUUGUUCACUCAACAAUGAAAGUAAGUUACUUUUUAAGUUAAAAUUGAUAUAUUUAGAUGAAUCAAAACUGAAGUAGAGACCAAACACGUCGAGUUUUAUCCCAAUAGCGUGCGAUUUGCAGAAGGAGUACAGCAAGAAAAUGGCCUAACUCCGUGAAAAUGCACGCUAUAUAUUUUAGUCUAGCGCUUGCUUUUCACGGGCCAAAAAUAAUAUUUUAACAUGAUAAACACGAAGAAUUUCUCGUUGAAAAGAGCUCUUUUGUUUUUUAUGUACAUUCGUAUACCCUUGAUGCUAUGGUCGUCUGAAAUAUAGCAAAAUUCAGCGUACAAACGGAAUAGAAAAUAUAGUGUACUUUAUGCGGGUGGUUACAAACGAAAGAAAGUUUAUUUGGAGAUGAAAUAUAGUUGCAAAGCUACUCCAAGGGAUGAAAAACAACUUAUGAAAAAAUGAAUCCAAGAUAAUUUUUCGUUGUCUUGUAUGAGCAUUGUGAAAAUGCACUAAAAGCCCAAUAGAAAUUAUGCAAAUUAGGUACGUUUUGGCCGACUUCGAACUUUCGUAUUUUUUUCCAAAAUAAAAACUCGCUGGAACUUUUGAAUAUUAUUUUUGAAAACAAUUCACCAAAAGAGUCUUUUGGAGCAAAUAAAAAAAAGUUGAAUUUUUGCUUCUGUCGCCGUAUUCUCGAAAAUUACUGACAUCCUCUCUUAACAAUGUCUGUUGCGCUGUUACGAGAAGGAGGAAAAUAUUACCGGAAGUGUAAACUCUUUUUAAAAAGAGUUUCAGAGACGUUUCAGAGAUGUCUAUCUUUGAUCGGCUGUCACAAAAAAUGACCCCCACUUACAUUUACUAGGAAAAAUGAACUUCCCAACUCCUUGUUGAAAAAAUUGGAAUUCAUUUGACCGAUACGCCGGUUGUUUCAAUUUUUCUUUUUCCUCGGGCUGCUAUAAAACAGUUCAUAAAUUGACUAAUGAAUAAAAUGUUUUGAAAUACCGUUCGGAAUUUGCCUUUUUUUUUCUGCGUGCAAAUCAAGGGUAGACAAAGUUUUUAAAACAUUUGACUACAAUUUCAUAGAGUUCACCUCGAUAAUUUUCGUCGGCCAGAGUCAAGAUGCGCCAAGGUAAGCGACAUCACCCUCUAUUAAAAUAAUUUUUCAAAGAAUAAACGUGGCGAGCGUGAGGAAACGCACAGUUUUCUCAUCAUUGUGAUCAAAGCCCAAUAAUGUACCUAAAUUGGUACUUACAGUCUCAAACCAUUGAUUAUGACAGGGUGAGCUUAAUUUUUCUGUCGAGGUCGACGUGACUUCACAUUAAAAACGUUUUUGACGGAACAAACUAGUGAGCAUCACUGCACGAACUGAGAAAGUAAAAACUUGUAUUUAUCUCCCACGCGUUUCGUCUGACAAUAGUAGACUUCAUCAAGGAUUUUUUCAAGUAGGGUAAAUAAGGUUGUUCAUAUACAAAUAGUAAAUAAGUUGUCUCUUUGCUAUUGAAGCCAGUGGAUAGAAUUGGCCAGAUGCGCCUACGGUGUUAUACAUGCGUGACAUUUUCCGGACGUUACAUGUACGAGUACGUGAUCCGUUUGAGGGUCACAGAUUUAGUGUAAAUAUUUCACUCCUCAACAUCACGCAAUGUCUCUAGUUUACAGAGGUCUUAGAACGUUUCAUUAUAUGGAGUUGCCUUCUGCGGGUAGAAGGCUACAAGCGAAUUUCUCAGGCGUAAUUGCCCUUGAUUUCUCAAUUGAUGUUGUCGCAAACACAGUUUUUGGGAGUCACGAGACAAAAAAACUUAUCAGGACCUAGUUUCAUUUGCUAAUGGAAAUAAAUAGCAAAUAAAAACACAUUUUCUUGUGAAAUAAAGUCACAAAUGACGGGGGUUCUCCGAAACAAAUAGUGAUAGAAAAGGAUUUCAGUUCUGGUCGAUAUUGACUUUUCAUGGCCUACUUCCAAAUCUGAGGGAACGCGCUGAGGGAAUAAAAAAACAUAAAUGUGUGAUAAUGCAAGCAAGAGAAUGAAAAUCCAAAUGAAGAAAAAGGAGAAAACAUAGGAACCCGUGUUGCAGCGUGCAGAUAUCGUUUGAGCCAGACCUACACACCUAAGCCCGACACCACCCGGAGAAACUCGAAAGAGUCCUGUAUAUGAACUAGCUCGCACGUGCACGCAGGAAAGGCCAUGACAAUCAGCGAAAAUAAUAGCAAAUGCAAAUGAUAUUUGCAGUCAAAACACAGGAAUAUAUGAUAACAGAAGGAUUAAGAACUUUCUAGAAGUGUCUUCUUGAAAAAAAAGAUGAACAAUUUUUACUUCUCAUGAAAGGUCACGCAGUAACCCUACAAAUAUUACAACUACAAUACUAUACGUGGUAUUUUUUGAUGGUGGAAAGUGGAAAAAACAUUUUCCAGUCUUAUUUUCUGGAAACAUGACGUAGUUAAUGAAUUUAUGGGGCUACUGGUACUGGCUCCUACCAAAUAAGGGGGGCAGAGUUUCCUGUCAUUCGUGGUAUGGAAAAGCCGAAGUUGUUACACUCGGGAACUUGUAUGUCAACAAGCAUUCGACAUGUGACUUUAAAAUCUCCUCUCCUGUUACAGUUUCCUUAUUGUAAACUGUGCGAUGAUAAUAAUAGACGAUCAAAGUAUAGGCUUAUGAAUGUUUUGUUCUGUACAAGAGCUCUAUGUCCUGAUUUUAGCAAAUCUUCAAAGUAAUAAACGACUGAAGAAAGAAACGCUACGAUUUUGCCAUUGAUUUUUCGUCUACAUGCAUCUCUCUAAACGUAAAACUUUCUAUUCCUACAAAAAAUCUCGAAAGUUUUUCAUAUUUUUUACCUUUCUUGAUCAAUCAUCUUGUAUAAAGAGCAAAAAAAUGUAGGUUUAUUUUGUCAAGUGAUCGCCUAGAGCAAGAAUUGCGUGACAGGUGUAGUUGAGAGAAACUUGUCACAGUCGCAGAUUUUAAAAGGCAUCCAAGACAAAAACACGGUAGUGCCCAAAUUUUUGGAUGAUUUUCAGAGAUGAAAUAAUGGGUUAUAAAGGGUAAUUAAGAUUAGUGUUGUAGCUUUCUGGCAACGGGAGAUAUUUGACCUCAAAGUUGUCAAAUAUUUGGAUGAAUCGAAAAGUCUAAAAACACAGUAGUAUAUUUGCCUCCGUUGAUUGACAAGCCGUCGAUCAAACUGACUGAUACUCGCGGCGGCCAUUAACUAAGGAUGUAAAAAUAUGUGUGCAAUUACUCAAAGUAAUCGGUUGAAUACCAUCGCAGUGAGAGCUUCAUACAUUUUACCUAUUUGAAGCGAUUUCCUUGGUGAAAACCAAGAAAAACCGGGGGGGGGGUGGUCUAUCUCCCUCCGGAAAAACUAAAACAGAAACCAGUCUGUUUUUUUUUAGUUUUGGGGUAGACCCUUUAAAUUGGCAAAGUUUCACUAAAAUCGGUGGGAUGGCACGUAGCACGACUGCUGGUGUUCUCGUGGACACGCUCUUAAGUCACUAUCUGGCUGUUUUAAAAAGAAGCAUCAGGACUUAACUCUUAGCGUUUUUGUGGGAGUUGUUGAUCCCAAUUUAAAUGUUCUUGGAAGUUUUAAUUGUCUGUAAAGCUAAAUAAAUCUAACUGAAACCUAAUAGGGCCUGUUUAUUCUUUUCCGUUUAGUUUUUUUGUUUUGUUUUGUUUUGUCUUUUUUUUUCUUCUGGUCUGUAAUGAUUUCAAUGGUUUCAGGUUCUUUUCUCGGAAUUGAGCUACAGUAAAGUAUGCUUCUUUGUGUUGUUGCCUGCAGGAGCCACUGCUUGUGUUGAAUUGAAGAGAUUUGAAGAAGCAAUCAGUUGGUGUGAUAAGGGACUAUCAGUAUCCUUUGAAGGAAUCUUUCAUUUUUAACCGUGGGUAUAAUGGAAAUAGUUUCCAUAAUUUGAUGUUUCAAGGGAGAAAAUACAAAGAAGGGUAUUAAUUAUGAUGGGAACUUGUCAGCUCACAUACUUUAAGUGUGUGUCAUUAAGACACGUAGGAAAAGUUAUUACCUCAUGACUUAUUAAAGAAAUUACUCAUUUUAGCCAAUUUGACUUAGUUAUACUAUCCAUGCCAAUAACUGGUACAUUAGUUUAGAUAACCCUUUAAUUCAGAGACCAAGUUUGUAAUUAUCCUUACUGUUAACCGUACGAUUUUUGUAAUGUUAGUUCAAAGAAUUCAGCACUGGAUCAACUAAUUAUCCCCAAAUUGAUAUUUUUUUUACUCUCAACACUCAUCUGAUUGAUAUUGUAUUGCUAUUGUAAGGAAAAGUUCUCUCUUGGUCACUUAUGGGAGUUAAAGGGUUAAAAGACUAAUAUUCAUCCAGUUUAUACAUGGUACGUGGGUAGAUGAUCUCUCUAAAACAAGCCAGAACAAAAAGCUCAGUAAUGUUUAGAUAUCUUAUGCAGAUUUUCUUGCCUUCGACCUUUUUCCACUUCUUAGAGACUCGGAAACUUUCGUCCUGCUUUCCUAUGGACAAAUAAAAACUUUAAAGACACGUAUUGGUGUUGUAGACUCAUUUCUUCCACUCCUGUAAAACAUUCGUCUGCUGUUAAAGCUAUAUUAAUUUAAAAAUUGAGCAAGUGCUGCUCAGUUUUUGGAAACUAGGGAUUAAAUUUAGAUAUUUCGCGUUAAAUUUUGAGGCUGCACACUGAAAAAAGAUUUUUUGAAAUGUAAAUUUACUUCAUAAUUGACUUUAAGACUGAAUGUUGAUAAAACAUCUAUCUUUCAUGCAAGCCCUCCUGAAGGGCCAUUUUAUAGUUGUGUACUUAGUUGCCAAGCCUUUGAUUUGGAGUAAAGCUGAAGAUGACCUUGUUGUGAUAGAUACCAGUGUCUAGAAACGAUAAUAACAAAGUAGUUUGCCUUAAAUAGCAGCAAUGUUUUUAUUAUAACAAGGUCACCCUUAGCCACACUCCUGUUCAAAGGCUUGGGAACCAAGCACGCAAAUGUUAAAAUGGACUAUCAUAAAUCAAUAUGAUCAGAAAAAUAAUAUUUUUUUGUUUUUUCCACAUUUUUAACCCUUAACAUAAAAUAAGAUUGACAAAAACAAUAGGAUCUUGUUGUCAUUAAGACUUCAGUCUGUCAGUGAAGUGGGAGAUAAGUCCAUGGAGGAAAAAGAUCCUAUUAGUCAUGACCAUGGUAGUGCAAGUUCAGGUGAUGUCAAGAAAGUCAUAGAUCUCUAUAAUCGGGGAGAAAAAGCCAUAAAGUACCUCAACCUAUAUCUUAAAAAAGCUAAAGAAGUAGGAGACAAGCAUGGGGAGGGUAACGCUUAUGGCAAUCUUGGCAAUGCUUAUCACCGUCUGGGUGAUUUCAAAAAAGCCACAGAGUACCACAACCUACAUCUUAAAAUAGCUAAAGAAGUAGGAGACAAGCAUGGGGAGGGUAACGCUUAUGGCCAUGUUGGCAAUGCUUAUCACCGUCUGGGUUAUUUCAAAAAAGCCAUAGAGUACAACAACCUACAUCUAAAAAUAGCUAAAGAAGUAGGAGACAAGCAUGGGGAGGGUGGUGCUUAUGGCAAUCUUGGCAAUGCUUAUAGGAGUCUGGGUGAUUUCAAAAACGCCAUAGAGUACCACAACCUACAUCUUAAAAUAGCUAAAGAAGUAGGAGACAAGCAUGGGGAGGGUGUUGCUUAUGGCAAUCUUGGCAAUGCUUAUUACCGUCUAAGUGAUUUCAAAAACGCCAUAGAGUACCACAACCUACAUCUUAAAAUAGCUAAAGAAGUAGGAGACAAGCAUGGGGAGGGUGGUGCUUAUGGCAAUCUUGGCAAUACUUAUAUUAGUCUGGGUGAUUUCAAAAACGCCAUAGAGUACCACAACCUACAUCUUAAAAUAGUUAAAGAAGUAGGAGACAAGCAUGGGGAGGGUAACGCUUAUGGCAAUCUUGGCAAUGCUUAUCACCGUCUGGGUGAUUUCAAAAACGCCAUAGAGUACCACAACCUACAUCUUAAAAUAGUUAAAGAAGUAGGAGACAAGCAUGGGGAGGGUAACGCUUAUGGCAAUCUUGGCAAUGCUUAUCACCGUCUGGGUGAUUUCAAAAAAGCCAUAGAGUACCACAACCUAGAUCUUAAAAUAGCUAAAGAAGUAGGAGACAAGCAUGGGGAGGGUAACGCUUAUGGUAAUCUUGGCAAUGCUUAUUUUAGUCUGGGUGAUUUCAAAAAUGCCAUAGAGCACCACAAUCUACAUCUUAAAAUAGCUAAAGAAGUAGGAGACAAGCAUGGGGAAGGUAACGCUUAUGGCAGUCUUGGCAAUGCUUCUGACUGUCUGGGUGAUUUCAAAAAAGCCAUAGAGUACCACAACCUACAUCUUAAAAUAGCUAAAGAAGUAGGAGACAAGCAUGGGGAGGGUACCGCUAAUGGCAAUCUUGGCAAUGCUUAUAUUAGUCUGGGUGAUUUCAAAAAAGCCAUAGAGUACCACAACCUACGUCUUAAAAUAGCUAAAGAAGUAGGAGACAAAUGCUUGGAGGCAAUUGCCUACUAUUCAUUAGGAUCCGUUUUUGAGUUGCAAGGUGGACUGCCAAAAGCCGUUGAACAUUACCAAGCCAGCAUAAACUUAUUCAAUUCCUUGAGAGAACUUCUAAAAUCUAAAGAUGAGUGGAAAGUUAAUUUUCGAAAUCAGCAUCAAAUAGCGUAUACGGGUUUGUGGAGAGUUCUCGUAGAACAAGGUAAUGUAGAUGAAGCCUUAUUUGUUGCUGAGAAAGGACGAGCUCAAGCUCUGACCGACCUCAUGGAAUCCAGUUUUUGUGGUGGAACAAGUCACCACAAGGGAGAAGAUGAAGAUUUCGCAGUUUUAAAAAACGUUCCAUCAAACACUGUCUUUCAGGCAGUGGACAAAGCUCACGUCAAUCUCUGGGUUGUGUCCGGAGGAAAGCAAGUUCAGUUAAGACAAAGUAAACUCAAAGGUUUUGUUUCAGAGAAUAGUGGAUCUAGCCAGUCCUUUGAGUCGUUCAUGCUCGGUGUCUAUACACAACUUGGUGUUUGUUCUAAUGUGAGAUGCGAGAAUCGAUCUUUAGAUGCUUUGAGGGAGGGCCGUUCAAAAGUGGAUGAGAAAACCAAAGAAGCCAACCCUCAACCUCACAUCCAACAAGACGGAUGCUUGAGCAGUUUGUAUAAUAUCGUUAUUAAGCCGGUGGCUGACUUGAUUGAAGGGGAUGAGCUACUCAUUAUUCCUGAUGGGCCCCUGUGGAUCGCUCCUUACGCUGUAUUGAAGGAUGGUAAUUCUAAAUACCUGUGUGAAUCGUUCACAAUCCGAGUCGCUCCAUCGUUAGCAAGUCUUAGACUCAUUGCCGAUUGCCCAGAUGAUUAUCACAAAAGCAGUGAUGCGUUACUUGUAGGAGAUCCCUGGGUAUCCGAGGUUACUAACAGCGAGGGAGAGAAAGUCCUCGAGCAGCUUCCGUGUGCUAAAGAAGAAGUAGAAAUGAUCGGAAAAAUUCUGAAUAUCACGCCAAUCACUGGCAGACAAGCCACGAAACGUGAGGUGUUGAAAAGACUCAGUUCUGUUUCCUUAGUUCACUUUGCGGCACACGGAUGUGCGGAAACUGGCGAAAUUGCUCUUACACCUGACCUAGACCGAAUAUCUACUGUGCCUACGGAGAAGGGGGAUUACAUUUUAACGAUUCGAGAUGUGUUGAAUGUUCAACUUCGCGCCAAACUUGUUGUGCUCAGUUGCUGCCACAGUGGUCGGGGCGAGAUCAAGGCCGAAGGUGUGGUUGGCAUUGCGCGCGCUUUUAUGGGGGCUGGUGCUCGGUCUGUUGUGGUGUCCUUGUGGGCGAUUGAUGACGAGGCUACUCUCCAGUUCAUGAAAUGCUUUUAUCAACACCUUGCAGAAGGUAAACCUACAAGCAAGUCACUGAACCUGGCCAUGAAAAGCCUCAGAGAAUCAGAUGAGUUCCACGAAAUCAAGUACUGGGCGCCCUUUUUGCUGAUUGGAGAUGACGUCACUCUUGAU